AUGAGCCAUGCCAUUGGCCACGUCACAUGGCGCGCUGCUUGCGGUUUGGUGCUGCUUGCAUGUCUUGUGCCAUGCGCCAGCGCAGCAGCAGUGAAGAAAUGGUCGGUGUUGGGACCCUUUGUCAUAGGGAAGAACGAGUUGGACGGCGAAGCCUGGCGCAGCUCCAACUCCUCCGAGCUCGGCGGCGCAGCGCUGAAGAAGUUCGUGGCGCAGAGUGGUGGCAGCGUCGCGGUGUCGUGGCCCGAGGUCGAUUGGCAAUCCUUGGUGAAUGGUGUGGGCGGUCAUGAGAUCUUGGAAUGGCAAGCCAGGGCGGUGGGUGGCUUCAAAACAGACGGAAGCAACGUCCACAUCAGUUGUCAAGGCGUAACAUCAUUCACCCUGGACGAUUCUCAGAGCUUUGUCGGGGAUCUCUAUUGGGCCAAGCUGCCUGCGCACGUGGUGAAGUUAAAGGCUGGGAACCAUCGCAUCUCGAUUCGCUUGCGGGGCAAGCUGCAAACACAGUUCGCUUGUCAUGUCGAGAAGCCGAGCUCCAAAUCGCCCCUGUUGCUCUUCGGUGACAGCUUCGCAGCCCUACCAGAUGUGAUCAGCUCGCCCGACGUUCCGCGAGGGAUCCAGAUCUGCGGCGAUCUCGGGCUGGGUUCGGCGAACCAGGACCCUGAUCGGUGGAUCAAGGAUUUGCGGCCAGUGCUGAUCAACAACAAAUUUCUGUCGCUGGCACCUGAGCAGCCCAGACUUCACCUUGCGCCAGGGCAAAUCACACGCGCCUCUGUGAGGCUCGAGGUCCUCCCAGAUGUCGGUCCUUGUAAAGAUGAAGUCUUCGUCGACGUGGCUUUUGAAGGCAUGCUAGGUGAAGAGCGAAGCAGAAGCGAAGCGUUGCGACUGCGAUUAAAGUGUCGGGAUGUGACUCGACAAAGCUUCGUGUUCACGUUCCAGGACGCGGACGGCUCCCUGCAACACGCCGCCGCAGUCCUGCCGUGGGACACUGAAAAGUCGCCAUGCAAGGGCGCUUGCCCGGUGCUGGUGACUCUCUCGGGGACCAGCAUUACAGCCCGGGAUAGCGCAGAUGCCUACAAAAUGAAGUUCAAUGACAAGGACCCGGAGUAUCGUUUCGGCAUUGAGGGUGCCUGGCUUUUGGCUCCCACCCGACAUGGGGCCCAUAACUGGGAAGGCCCUGGCCGUCGCACGGCCCUGUCGGCUCUCGCCGCCCUGCCGCAGCUUGCGCAGCGCUUGGCGCUGCCGCCGGUGGACGCGUCACGGGUCGUGGUGGCCGGGCAUUCCAUGGGGGGCCACGGUGCAUGGCUCUUUGCGUUUGCCCAUGAUGUGUUGGCCGUGGUCAGUUCCGCCUCCUGGCUGCGAAAGGAUCAGUAUGCCGACUCCAAUAAGGUCCUGUUGCACGACCUCGCGACACCCAAAGUGGAGCCGCUGCUGCAAGGGCUGCUGCGCACAGCAGAGGCGGAGUUCGACGUGGAGGCGCAAGCCGCAACAGUGGCGCAUCUGCCGGUGCUGAUUCGGGUCGGAAGCCAAGAUAGGACGGUGCAUCCCUGGUUUUCCCGGAGGAUGUAUCGCACACUGCUCAGUGAAGGGGCCAAAGACGUCACCCUGACUGAACUCCCGGGCAAGGAGCACUGGUGGUGGGACACAGCGAAACCCAAUGAUGGCGGUGCAGUGAAUGACCCCGAAAUCAGGAACUUUUUAAAGAGGGUCUUGGACAAGGAAAAGUCACCAUCGAGCCUGCGCUGGCGCUCGGUCGUAUUUGGCUCCGUUGGCGGCACCCUCCGCCACGGGCUGCGUGUGCGGGCGCUGGCGCGGCCGGAGCGACGAGCGGAGGUCUCCGUGGAACUCCCAGAGAAAGGUCCGGCCGUUCUGGCGACCUCCAACGUGGUUCAAUUGCAAUGGCAGCGUUCGAAGGAAUGGCAGGGGGUGCAGCAAGUUCUUCUGGACGGUCAAUUGCAGAGUCUUCCGCAGGAGGCGGUCUUCCACCAGGUCCAGUGGUGUUUAGAUUUUGGCACCUGGAAAGUCUGCGACUUCGCGGUCGCGCAACGACAUCAACGACAUCCAAAUCAGGCUGGUCCAAUGCGAGAAAUCUAUAGCGCUCCCUUGUGCGGUGUGUCCGCAGACGAGGAGGGAGAGAAAGCACUACAGUUCUUUGGGAACAUGCUCGUGAUGACGGGGCAUGGUGUGAUCCGGCUUCUAUCCUCUCAGGAGGUUGAAGUGCAUGGAGGCCAGGUGACAGCUCCUGCCAGCUGCGAAAAUCUCUUGGUGGUUGGUGCGCCAGAAAACGCUGUGGUCGCUGCACUUCUGGCGAAUAGCCCCAUGGCAUUCGACAGCUCCAUGUUAUCACUGGGCGGCUGCUCUUGGCUCCGAGGCGAGAACUUGGCAGCUCUGAGUUUACUUCCCUGGAAGGCAUCGGCAAAGGAGCCUCGAUUGGCUCUGGUGGCCACGGGCACAUCCAGAAGUGCUGCUGAGGCGUUGACAAUGUUAUCCACGCCCACGAUUCCGCCCAUGGCAAGGCAGCCCUUGACACAUCUCUUACCUGACUAUGUCGUGCUGGAUGUGGAGGAGACCCGUCGUCAUGGACCGGGUGGAUACCUGGCAGCCGGUUUCUGGAGCAACGAUUGGCAAAGAUUGCCCAGUGCCUACGAACGCUGCACCCCUCGAGGCGACAGAGGCACCCAGCAUCGGAGCCAUAGGGUGGCCGAGGAGUUGUGAGAGGUCACAGUGACCAGCGCCUGAGAAAAAGUCGCCCAUGAAGCGAAAGUG